GUGAAAGUAAAGUUUAGUUCGCUGGAGCUCAAAGAGUGGAAAUGGCUUCACUAUCUGAAGAUUUUUCUUGUCCUGUAUGUCAUGAAAUCUUCAAGAAUCCUGUUGUUUUAUCAUGUAGUCACAGUUUCUGUAAAGAGUGUCUUCAACAGUUAUGGAGAACCAAGAAGUCUCAGGAGUGUCCCGUCUGCAGGAGAAGAUCCUCAACAGGUGAACCUCCAGUUAGUUUUGCAUUAAAAAACUUGUGCGAGUCGUUCCUGAAGGAGAGAAAUGAAAGAUAUUCAUCAGGAUCUGCGGAGAUCUGCAGUUUACACAGUGAGAAACUCAAAGACUUCUGUCUGGAGGACAAACAGCUGGUGUGUUUAGUGUGUAUGAAUUCACAGAAACACAUCAAUCACACAUUCAGACCCAUUGAUGAAGUUAUUCCUUCAUGUAAGGAGGUGCUCAAUACAGCACUGCAAUCAUUACAGAAGAAACUUCAACACAAUAAAAACAUUAAAGAAGAGUUUGAGAAAACAGUUGAACACAUCAAGUCUCAAGCUGAGCACACAGAGCGUCAGAUUAAACAGCAGUUUGAGAAGCUUCAUCAGUUUCUCAGAGAUGAAGAAGAAGCUACAAUCACUGCACUGAGGGAGGAAGAGGAGCAGAAGAAGCAGAUGAUGAAGGAGAAGCUGGAGGAGAUGAACAGACACAUCUCAGCUCUUUCACACACAAUCAAAGACAUGGAGGAGAUGAUGAAAGCCAGUGACGUCUGCUUUCUGAAGGAGUUUCCAGUCUCAAUGGAAAGAGUCCAGAUCUCAUCACAGCCGGAUCCACAGACGCCUUCUGGAGCUUUGAUUCAUGUGCCACGUUACUUGGGCAACCUGCCCUUCAGAGUCUGGAAGAAGAUGCAGGACAUCGUCCAGAACACUCCUGUGAUUCUGGAUCCAAACACGGCUCAUCCACGUCUCCUUCUGUCUGAUGAUCUGACCAGUGUGAGAUACAACAAGAUCACUCAACCUGUUCCUGAUAAUCCAGAGAGAUUUGACCGGUAUGAAUGUGUUCUGGGUUCAGAGGGUUUUAACUCAGGAACACACUGCUGGGAUGUGGAGGUUAAACAGAGUCAAUUCUGGAGACUUGGAGUAACUACAGCAUCAAACCAGAGGAAGGAAUGGGGUUUCUUCAACACUGAUGUCUGGUGUGUGGAGUAUGAGGACGAAAUGUUGUUGUACGGAGGGUCUUCAUGUUUUGGUUUUCGUGUUAAUCAGGAUCUUGAUCGUGUGAGAGUGAAUCUGGACUAUGACAGAGGAACGGUGUCAUUCUCUGAUCCUGUAACUAACACACAUCUACACACAUUCACAACCUCCUUCACUCACACACUCUUCCCUUUCUUCUAUUGUGAUUAUUAUUCUUCUUCCUCUCUGAGGAUCUUAUCGAUCAAUAGUCAGUAAUCUGCAGCUCCAGCCCGAUCUCACAGCAAUUUGUAAAUAUUUUACAAGGUGGCUAAUUCGUACGAAUUCAUACAACCUUACUCGUACAAACUGAUACGAUAUUUGCUAAAUCGUACGUAUUUUACGAGUUUCCAAUUCGAAUGACCUACACCUAACCCCGCCCCUAAACCUACCCGUCACUGGCGUUUAGACAAAUCGUACAAAAUCGUACGAGUGAGUUCGUACGAAUUAGCCACCUCGUAAAAUAUGUACGAAUUGGUCAUGAGAUAGUGUUGGUAGCUCUGGAUCUUCCUGCUUUCAUCUUUCAUCAUUUUUCAAUAUUUAAUCCAGAUCACAUGAGUAAGAGACUGCUGAUCUGAACACAAGUGCAUUUAUUCAUUUUUAAAAAUGAAAAAUUUAUAAAACACAUGAUGAAGAGUUAAAAUAAAUAAUCUUUAUCAUAUCUGAGCAAUGAGAAACAGUGAUGUGUCGCAAAUCCCUGUCCAUAGCACCCUAGCAACAACAUAGCAACUUCCUAGCAACCACUCAGAACACCCUAGCAACAAUCCAGAGUACCCUAGCAACAAUCCAAAACACCCUAGCAACAAUCCACAGUACCCUAGCAACUGCAUAACUUUAAAACCACUUCAAACUACUUUCAGAGCGUCAGGCUGGACUUUCUCAAGACGACAUCAAAGAUGGUCUAUAAACGUCUUCAUCAAGUUCAAGCUCAUGAUAAUAUCAUAUUGUGUGUAGUAUUGCAGAACUGAAAGAGUCACUUCAACACAUUUCAGUGUUUGUUGUAAAUUAAUAAUUGUUUAUUUCAGUUCUACAGAUUAAAUUAUCGUUUGUUUAUUGAAGUAAAUGGAUGUAAAAGUUUCUUGCUGAUCCACAACAAUGCUGAAUGAAAUAUUAAUAUUUAGUCAGAAAUACUUGAUUCAGCUGUUUAUGAAUCUGAUUCUCUGAUCAAAUGAGACUCACUGAAAUCUCUGACAAAGUCUGAAUCAAUUUCACAAUAAAUAUUAAUAAUCGUUUCUAUAAACUAACAAUGUGUUAUUUUCUGAAUCAAACAUUAAACGUUUGUCAUAAUAAUUUGUUUUUAAAUUGUGGUAAAAGUCUGGGAAAUUUAAUUUUACUUUUAUUGUUUUGUUCAUAUUUAUUUUUGUAGAUUUUCAUAUAAUACAGAUUGAUUCUGCAGCUUUAUAUUAAUAAACAGGAAAAUAACAGCUUCAAGGCUCCAAAUUUCUUAAAUUAUGAAAAAAUAAAUUCAGUUUUAAUGUCAGAUUUUAAACGGUUCCAGAUGAAGUCAAAGUGAAUUAAUAAAUGACUGUAAUAGAAAUCCUUCAGCUGCUGAUGUGAAAUCAAUGCAUCUUUACUGUCAUCUAGAGCUGAAACUGAGAAACUGACUGAAAAUAUCAGUGGAUUUAUUACAGAUGACAGUCAACAAUAAUAAGAGACUGUU